GACAGAGCAUAUUUACGACGAUGCGAUGAAUCGAUUCGAGUCCACUGGCGAACGCGGCCAAGUCUCCUCAUCAGCAUCUGCCUCGCAGCCGUCAGCCCACGUAGACUUCUCCUCGCAGGCCACGAUACAGCAUUCACGGCCAGGCCGAGCGCAGUCGACGCGUCGCCAGUCGUCGCGCUCCAGCCAGCAUGCACAUUCGGCUUCUUUGACGCCCUCUAUCCGCCGGCGCACAACCGGGCAAUCGCUGCUUUCGCUCGACAUCAACGACGAGGAUCCCGAGGCCGCAGAGCAUACGACGGCCGAUGCCGCCAUAGUCGAGGAGAUAGCCGAGAUCAAGCGCUACGAAGACUUUACAACUAUAGACUGGGUGCAGGAUGCGGCGCGCGAACAGCUGCGGCGGAAGGCGCGCCGGCGGCAAAGAGACAGCAUAGGCAUGCGCAAGGACGGUGGCAGCAACAUGGUGUUUCUAGAGCGUGGCAGGGGCAAGUGGCGGAGGAAGAUUGCAGAGGCCUACGAUGCGGGUCAGGCCUGGAUUGUCGUUACGCUUGUGGGAGCGGCCAUUGGGCUCAACGCUGCGUUUCUGAACAUCAUUACCGAGUGGCUCAGUGAUAUCAAGCUGGGACAUUGCACUACGGCGUUUUACCUCAACGAGCACUUUUGCUGCUGGGGCGCCGAGAGCGGGUGCCACGAGUGGAAGCCCUGGACGGGUUUUUGGCCGGCAAACUAUGUCCUCUAUCUUCUCUGGGCGGCGCUGUUCUCCUUUACGGCUGCUAGGCUGGUCAAGAGCUUCGCGCCGUAUGCGGCUGGAUCGGGCAUCUCGGAGAUGAAAUGCAUCAUUGCGGGGUUCGUCAUGAAGGGCUUCUUGGGCUUCACGACACUCCUUAUCAAGUCUAUUGGGCUGCCGAUGGCCAUUGCCUCUGGACUGUCGGUGGGCAAGGAGGGGCCCAGUGUGCAUUACGCUGUUUGUACGGGCAAUGUGAUUAGCAGGUUCUUCGACAAGUACAGGAGGAAUGCGGCCAAGACAAGGGAGAUCUUGAGUGCGAGCGCGGCGGCUGGUGUGGGCGUGGCGUUUGGCAGUCCGAUUGGAGGAGUGCUGUUUAGUCUGGAGGAGAUGAGCAACCAGUUCCCGCUCAAGACGCUCUGGAGGAGUUAUUUUUGUGCGCUGGUUGCUACGGCUGUUCUCGCUGCCAUGAACCCCUUUCGUACCGGCCAGCUAGUCAUGUUCAACGUCUCGUACGAUCACUCGUGGCACUUUUUCGAGGUCAUCUUUUACAUCAUCAUCGGCGUGUUUGGUGGUCUCUACGGUGCCUUUGUCAUGAAGUGGAACCUCAAGAUGCAGGUCUUCCGCAAAAAAUACCUUGCCGCAUACCCGAUUACCGAGGCCGUCACGCUCGCCGUCGUCACGGGUGUCAUCUGCUACCCAAACAUGUUUUUGAGGAUCGACAUGACAGAGAGCAUGGAGAUCUUGUUCCGAGAGUGCAAGGGCGGCAAGAGCUACGACAGGUUGUGUGAUGCGGCACACAGGUGGCAUAAUAUCCUGACACUUGCUAUCGCCGCUACCAUCAGGACGCUAUUGGUCAUUAUAUCGUUCGGUUGCAAGGUACCCGCGGGCAUCUUCGUGCCCAGCAUGGCCAUUGGCGCAGCAUUCGGUCGUAUGGUGGGCAUCUGUGUUCAGGCGCUGCAGGAAGCCUUUCCUGCUUCUGCUUUCUUCUCGGCUUGCGGUCCAGAUGAGGUGUGCAUUACGCCGGGUACAUAUGCGUUCCUUGGAGCAGCGGCAGCACUGAGCGGCAUCAUGCACAUCACUGUCUCGGUGGUGGUCAUCAUGUUUGAGAUUACAGGCGCGUUGACGUACAUUCUGCCAACCAUGAUUGUCGUUGGCGUCACCAAAGCAGUCAGCGAGCGGUUCGGACACGGCGGAAUUGCGGAUCGCAUGAUCUAUCUCAACGGCUAUCCGUUCCUGGACAGCAAAGAAGAACACACGUUUGGCGUGCCUGUCUCCCAGGUCAUGGCCAGCCGCGUUGUGUGCCUGACGGCUACUGGCAUGAAGUUACGCCAGAUGGAGCGCUUGAUGAACAAGAACCAAUACCAAGGCUACCCCAUUGUCGAAGACCUUGAGACGAAGACGCUGGUCGGGUAUAUUGGACGCACCGAGCUUCGGUAUGCCAUUGACCGCGCGAGGAUUCAGCAACAGGCCCCGCCGCACGCCCAGUGUUAUUUCAUCAACGCAAGUUCGAGCAGCCCAAGCAAUUCCCGAAAUCACAGUGGGGCUGGCCUGCCGCCAAAUACGACGUUUGAUUCUAUUCCCGCUACGUCGUCGCAGGCAUAUCUGGAUUUUACACGAUUCGCUGAUCCCACGCCGCUCACUGUGCACCCCCGCCUGCCGCUCGAGACGGUCAUGGAGCUGUUCAAGAAGAUGGGGCCGCGAGUCAUUUUGGUCGAACAUCGCGGCCGGCUCACAGGUCUCAUCACGAUCAAGGACUGCCUGAAGUACCAAUUCAAGGUCGAGGCUGGACACGGCAGCAAUGGCGGUGCCGGCAGCGGAGAUGAGGGCAUGGAGAGACUGGCGGCAUGGGGAAAGCGUAUAAUCAACUGGGCACGAAGAAAAGUAGCCAUGAAGGAGGUGGGGCAAUUGCGGUUAGUUAGUCCUGGUCCCACGACAGCUGACCUGAGGGUUGAGAGACAGGCAGGGAAUAGAGAGGCUUUUACGCUAGGGGGCGAUGAUGAGGAUGAGGAUGAGGAGGACGAAUUUAGUCGCGGGGGCCAGGGUACGGAGCUGGAGGACAGGAGGAGGGGUGGAGGAGGCAGAUAG